UUUUGUUUGAAAACAUCUACUUAUUAAAAAUAAAAUAAAUACAAAUUUAUGAUUCAUGAGAUUUUUGUUCUAUCCUAGAAAAUAUGACAGCUUAUGACUCCAUGAUCAUGCUAAAGAAUUAGAAGUAGCUGCUGAUUGUUGGUCCAUUUUUAUUUUUUAUUGAAGUCAAGAAAAAAACUGCAUUAACAGUGGAGUAUGAGUUGCUUAUAAAAAUGACACAAAAGGUAUCAGCUGUCAAGGCAAGUCCAGAUGAUCUAAAUUGGGGGUGAAAAUUAAUGGGAUUAAAAAAAAGGUCACAACAGCAAAUUCAAUAUAUCAAAUAAAGUUGGGUAGAAAAUAUUCAAAACUGGAAAGGCAUAAAAUGUCUGAAUGUUACAUCUCUUCAUGUUGUUUUUAUUUGGAUUUCUGAUUUUCCUUUUUUUUAACCAUAGCUUCUUGUUCCUAGUUUCUCUUGUUUUGUUUUCCCCAGUUUCCCUCCUGCUGAAUAUUUUCAAUCAGCUCACCCGUUUCCCUUCACCACAAGCCCCUCUCACUACUCUUUCUCUGCCAGUUCUCAGAUCCUCUGUACUACAGACUCCGUGUUCCCGGCAUUGCUUUGAUUUUGCCUUUGGACCUUCAGUGCCUUAGAUUAAUUAUUAAAGUUUUGUGUUUUUGGUACCACCACCUGCCUAUCUGCUCACUCCUGGUUGCCUGCAUUUGGAUCUUUCAAAAGCUAAUUCGAAUAAGAUUUCACCUCAACUCGGACUUGUUUCUUGUUUUAGUUUCUUGGUUUUGAAUAAGUUAAAAGUUAGGUAAGAUAAGUUAUAUUCUCUUAUUUUGGAUUAUGUGAAAUCAAAAGCAAUAAAGCUAAACAUAUAACUUGUUAUAAAUUAACAAUUGAAAAUAUAUCAUAAUCAAUCAAUUGUACUACUACAGGAUGUAGCCAAUUAUUUUGUCAUAUAUUAAGGGGACUGCAUUUCAGGGAAAUCCCCCCAAAAAUAUAUUUUGGCUGCUGUUACUCAUUUUGCUCAUGAAGAACACAUCAUAUUUUACAGUUUAAAAUUUGGUUUUAGACUACAAUUUAUCUGUUUAGAUCAUUUUUUAGAACACCCCCAUAAUAUAGUAAUUUAUUACACUGUUGGCUAAACAAUAAUGUGUGAAUAUAUCAAAAAUGUUGAUUAAAUUGGCCAUUUUUACAUACUUCAUUACAACAGGAAGCUGCAAAGGUGAAGUUAUGUCAGUGACCUUUUAGAAAGGAAUAAAGUCUUCAUAGUAGAGUGAGGCUAAUGACUAUUCCUGCUAUUUCUAGCCACAUAAAACAAGUCUAACUAAAAAUGAUUACACCAGAGCCAACCAAUCAUCUUUGUCCUUUUGCAUGAUGCAGUUAUUAAGCUUGUUGCCACUUUUCUUAAACAAACAACGUUGAAUUAGAUCUACUUAGGCUGCAAAUGGUGCCAGUCUGCCUGAACAGCUGAGUAACACCAUUGGUGUUAUUUCAAAACAACUACAUGAAAAUAAAAACAGGCCAUUGCAACAGUAACGAAGAGUUGCAUUUUCUGAAUAAAUAAGGGGCUAUCUUUAUGAGCCAGAAUAUACAAAGGAAGAACUGCUAGUGAGAGGAAAGCACAGUGAGACAGAACAGAGGGAGUAUUUUAUCUUAUGCCCUAUUGCCACUGCUGCUAUGAGUAGAACUUGGUUAGGCCACAGCUCGACUGUUUGUCCAGGGGUAGGAGUCUGGAUUUAUUUCAUUAGCAUUGUGCCAUUUGUAUUCUUUGAAUCUAUCUCAAUGUGGUUUGUUGACAUCCAAACCCUGUAAAGUGAAUCAUAUACCAGUCUAAGUUACUUAAGAUUAGGAAUCUGUCAAUGCUGAGUUCCAGUCUAGUAUUUCAUUAAAUUUAAUCCAAUGAAUGCCAUGGGUGCUUCAAAACUCUGCAGCUUUAAGGUGAAAUGAAAUAUGACUACAUGUCAUCAGUUUUAUACUUUAUUUCCCAGUGACAUUCUGGAUGCUUCAGGCUCCCUUUUUCUUCACAAUGGCAGCUGUUUUGUCCCGACAGGUGUUGCUGUAGGUGAGCUUCAAUUAGCUGGUUUACUAAAUUAGUUGUGACAACAGUAUGGAGAGUAGCUAUUGGUUGUUGUAGAAGUUGCUUGAUGAUCACCCAAUUUACAAUGGACUCUGUGCAUCCAAAUGUAAAAGAUUACUUGGUGUGAUACUGCAAAAAAAAGAACAAAAUUAACCCUCAGUUUGUUUAAAAAAAACAAAUUUAGCUUCUUCUACUGAUCUGUUUUGUAAUUUCCAAUGACACUUUGUUUCUCUAUCACACAAUAAACCUGUUAAAUUGACCACGUGUUGCAAAAUAUGGGAUCAGAAACCAAUACAUUAGCAACAGUGCCAAUAGGCAGAGUUGGUCACAUGGUCAACAUAAAGGGUGAAACAGGCUUAAACUAAACUAAGUGGAAAUGCCGAAUUUGAAAAAAUAAUUACUUGUACAAACCAUAAUGCAGUUUUGCAAGAAAACAAAUCUGUCUUGUUAAACAUUAGCUGUGAAAAAAAUGCCAAUGCACCUUGCUGAGAGUGCAGAUGUCAAAAUUAGGAUAUUAAAAGAUGUAAUAACGAACCCAAAUUAUUACCUGGGUUAAGAUCAGGACAUCCUUACAUGAGAUAACAUAAACUGAAAACCAAGAAUUGUUAUAUAGCAAUAUAGUUAUAUCUGCAAAUGUUAAACAUCCUUAUCUUUCUAUAGAACUGAUUUGAUUAGCACAAUUGUUUCUCGUUUUUCUGUACUGCUUCCACUUUCAGCCUUGUUAUUCCAGCCUCUGUUGCACUGAGAGACGGGUCAGCAGUAAAACAAAUAUGAAGGGCAGAUAUAUUUGCUUCCACACUGAGAGUUUGUAGUCCAUGUUGACAGACCAUAAUCGCCUGCCAAAUGUCUCAUCUGACUGGCUAUGAGGUUGGUUGCUCUCUUCCAAAAACACAGCAGACCCCACUCUUCAUUAACAAAACAAAUAGAAAUACUCCCUACCAGAAAAACAUGAUAAACUGGCGAACUGAGCCACUUUGGUCCAGAGCAGACAAAUUUAAUAGACAGUUAUGAUUACCACAGACAGCACUUCUCCCCUGAUUCCAAGAACAACAGAUAGGCAACUCAAUUUACCUUAAUUUCUUUGGAGGAGAAAGCCAGCCUGCCAGGUUGAAGCAGCAGCUCGAUGCGAAUGAGCGCUCGUUACAUGAUAAUAGAUGCAUGUAAUUGCUGAAGUGUUGAUUGCUUCGCCCCCUCCCACCCCCCCUCCAAAAAAAGAUUCUAUCAGUGCAGAAUUUUCUGUUUCAUUAAGCCAUGGUCAGAAAUAAUAAAAUAGCCAUCUGUAGACCAAAAAAGAAAGAAUGGAGGCUGAUGGUAAGGAGCAAUUUAGAGACACUUUAGUUUUAAUGUUGCGUUAUUAAUUCAUCUAUCCUUGCUUUUCUGAAGGCCCCUGUCACUGCUUUUAAUCGUGUUGGCUGUAUUAGUGAGUUUUUGCUGAGUGUGUGCUUUUUGUUGUUUAAUGCAUUGCUGGCUGGCUGUGCACCAGCUCACUACUUGCUUUUAUGAUCAAACACUGGAAUCCACGCUUCGUUGGGAAUGCAAAAGCAUCCUGAUACAGAAGCUUUAGAGUCACAAGUGCUGACUCAUCUUGCCUGGAGAAGAAAUUGAAGCUUUUUGUGUUUUGUUCGUAAAAGUGCUGUUUAACUUCAGUACCUCAGCUUGUAUGUUUGUGACGAUGUCACUCUUUCCUUUCCCUGUGCAUCACUAUGCCUAUGCAUCCUCCUCAUUUGUUUGUGACAAAAGAGGAAGAAUAUGACUAAUAAAAGAUUAGGCUGAUGGAGAGAGAGAGCGAGAGAGUCUUAUGAGCCACAAAAUGAUGUCAGUAAAGGCGGCUCGUUUGGUGACGGUCUGUGUGCAGGAAAGCCCCUAUCAUGCCCAAUCAGCUGCUGUUUCUGCAUGACUAAUGCUGAAAUAACAUAUCAUUGUCAGACACGGCAUGUUCGCACAGCUGUUUCAUUUUUUCAUCCACAGGCACUCAGCGAUAGCCUUUGAUGCACAUACACACAUUUCUGCGUGCAAACUCAUCCUUAUCUUUCUGGAUGACACCAUUUUGCUCUCUAACAAUCUUGCUAAUUAUAAUUGUUAAUUAAUUCUCUGCCUGUGUCCUCAUCAGGAGACUAAUAACCUACAUUUCCAUUAAUUAGACCUUCAACCCAUCGCUCCCUCUUUCAGUCUCUGUGUCCCACACCAAUCCACCCCAUCGUCCCCCUGCUCGCCUGCCUCUCUGCUCCCGCCUCGCAGGAUCUGCUAAGGACCACAGCCGUGCAUGGACAGUGAUUACUCGUGUGUGUGUGUGUGUGUGUUUGUAUUUCUGACAUUGAGAGGGCAAACAUUUGUUCACUCUGUAGGGACUGAAAUAUGAUUUGGUCCAAAACAGCUUGAAAGCAUUAAGUUCUUUAGGCCUAAAGAAAUUGACAUUGUGGAAAUAUGGAUUGUUUUUUCUGUUGAGUUAGAUGUAAACAUUAAAACUCUGCCUCUGUUUGGUUUUUGGACCUUAACAAGUUUCCUCAAAGACCCUGCUGUCGGGUUUUGCAAACACAUGUGGUUACAUAGCAAUUAUUGAAAAGCUGCCAUAUUUAAAGCUCACCAGCCAACAUGAUCUACUUGGCUUUUAGUGUUUGUUGCCCAAAGCACAUGCAAUGGGUUGAAAUCAGCAGGGUUUGUAAUUAUUGAACAACAUGGUGUUCAAUCUGAACCUCUGCCGUUCUGCUCUGUGAUGCCAAAUAUGAUAGUGAAUUUGCUGCUGGUAACCUCUGCAAGACAUAAGACCUGAACACAGAAAGUGGGAAUUGUCUCUACCUUACAAAAAUAUGCAGAGGAGGGGCAUAAACUUUUAAUCUUGUACAUUCUUGGUUUAUUUUUUAUGUGGAGAGACAUUCAGAUUACAUUUUACUCUUAUUUUUCAAAAUUUGUCACCAAAAAAAUUUAAUUUACUUCUUUGGGAACAAAACAAUACAUUAUUAUUAUUCAUCACAUAUUACUUCUCUGACGGUUAAUAGUUUGGACCAUCCCCAUUUAUCAUUUGCUUUUAGCAUUUUCCCAUGAUAACAUUUCACAGAGAGAGGGUUCUUUGAGUGUGAUGACGCAUUUCUGAGUUAUUUUUUCCGAAUUUUGAAUCUGAACUUUUUCAGGACAGAUGUUUAUUUGAAAUCUCCUGCUGUGCCCUUUAGGACGAUUCCCAGUGCCUUUGGAAGAGAAACUGGCCCACAGCUUUUAGGUGUGACAAGUGAUCAAUAGUUUUGUUCAAAACAAUAAUUUUUUUAAUGCAUUCCCUCCACCCUACCUUAAUAAAUACAUUCAAAUUGCUGUCUGGAUUUUAAAAGGACAGAAUAUUUAAAGGUUUAAUCCCCUCCAUCCACUGCUAUCGUCUCUAUAAAUCUUGUUCUCCUCCCAUUAAAUGCUGAACUUAUUUGACUGAUGACCUUAUUGUAACAUUUUUUGUUUGUGUGUGUAUAUUUACUAUCGAUAGCCCGCUAUCCCCUCUCAGAAGGAAAUUACCAUUCCCUUUCGGCUCAGCUGACCUGGUUUCAGUGCAGAGUGGGGCACUGUUGUGUUUAUCAUGUCACCACUUGUUCUGAUCUCAGAUCAUUGAUAUGCAGUAGACAUGCUGCCUCUGCUCAUUCCUCAGGCCUGGUGAUCGUCUUGUCAUUCAGAUCGAAUCUUAGACCAGAACCAAAUUGAGCAUUCCUCGGAUUCUCUGCCUCUGUUGUUGUUGGAGGUUUUUUGGUCCAAGCAGGGCUCUUCCUCUCUUCUUCCUCUUCCUCCUUUUGUUUGGCUCAAUAGGAAGUGGGAAGCAGUUGGCACUUAAAUAUCCAUAUUGUACUGAUUGUGGCAAAAUGGCAGCUUCUGCUUUCUCCGUCCUCCUUGCUGUGAUUCCCUCACCCUCUCCUGAGAGAAGUAACCCAGAUUUCAAAAUGAAUCGCCGCCUAUUCCCCUCAAUCUUUCUCCUCUCUCUUUCUCUCUUUCGCUCUCUCUUUCUCUACUUUUUCCACCCUCUCUUUCUCUCUUAUUCUCUCUCCAUCUCUCAUCCUCUUCCUCGUAAAACCGAAUCAAUCUUGGAAAGAGAAUACCACCUCUCCAUCUCGUACUCCCACUCACCCUGCCUCUGGGUUAAAGGAUAUAUACCACUUCAAUCCAGUGUUUGCUUCUUUAAAAACUUGAACCACUCCAAUUGCCUGUUGCAUUCAUUUGAAGUUAUGUUGUCCUUUUUUGUUUCUUGAGCUGCUUCUCUUCUCCUAGCCAUUGCUUUUUCUGGCUUCUCUACCUCUUUUUUGGGGUUUGUUAUUUUUUUCUCGUUUGAGUUGACCAGCUACAGGUGCAUCCCAAAUUAUCAAUUGAAGGCAUUCAGACGAAGAGUCAAGGACAGGAAGAGGGGACGACUGUUUUUGGCAAGGAUUUUCUUACAAACUAAGCUCUCAGCCUCCUCUUCCUGCAUCCCGCAGACGUCAUGUCCACCCCGGUUUCCCCGUCCCCUUCCCUCUCCCCACUGACGCUGACCUCCCCCACAUCGCCAUCCUCCCCGCUGCCCUCUCCCCUCUCCCCUCCGCCCAGGGUGCCUGUGUUUCAGAGGAAGGGAGCGCUCAAACACAAGAGGAUUGUCGAGGUGAAAGACCAUCAGUUCACAGCACGCUUCUUCAAGCAGCCCACCUUCUGCAGCCACUGCACCGACUUUAUAUGGGGCAUCGGCAAGCAGGGAUUCCAGUGUCAAGUUUGCAGUUUUGUGGUCCAUAAAAGAUGCCACGAGUUUGUCACCUUCACAUGUCCCGGAUCUGUGACUGCCCCCAGGCCUGAUGACUUGAAGAGUCGACACACAUUCAAGAUCCACACAUAUUCCAGCCCCACGUUCUGCGAUCACUGUGGAUCGCUGCUGUACGGACUCAUACACCAGGGCAUGAAAUGUACCUGUUGCGACAUGAAUGUCCAUCGGAGAUGCGAGACCAGCGUUCCCAGUCUGUGUGGUCAGGAUCACACGGAGAAAAGAGGAAGAAUCCACCUGACCAUCAGAGGAGACAAAGAGGAUAUCUACGUCACAGUUCGGGAGGCUCGCAAUCUGAUGCCCAUGGAUCCGAAUGGUUUGUCAGACCCAUAUGUGAAACUAAAACUGAUUCCAGACCCAAAAAGCCACAGCAAACAGAAGACAAAGACCAUCCGCUCAACACUCAAUCCGGUCUGGAAUGAGAGUUUCACCUUCUCAGUGCGAGGCAGUCAGUGGGACAGGCGUCUGUCUGUGGAGGUGUGGGACUGGGACCGGACGUCCAGGAAUGAUUUCAUGGGAGCGCUCUCAUUUGGCGUCAGCGAGAUCUUCAGACGGCCUAUAUGCGGUUGGUUCAAGCUGCUUGCACAGGAUGAGGGGGAAUACUACAAUAUCCCAGUUCCAGAUCCAGAUCUGCAGGAACCUCAGCCUGAUGCUACAACACCAUCUCUACCUCAGGUGUUGGCCGCCCCUGUGCCAGAGCCGUUUCCCGUGGUCUUGUCUCCGACCCCUGUCCCGUCCUGCCCGCCCAUCCACUCUUCGGGUCCUGGCAAAGUCAGAGUGGGAAUGCAUGACUUCAAUUUCCUCAUGGUGCUGGGCAAAGGCAGCUUUGGCAAGGUGCUGCUGGCAGAAGAGCGAGGCAGCGAUCAUCUGUUUGCAGUGAAAGUCCUUAAAAAGGACGUCCUCUUCCAGGACGAGGACACGGAGAGUGCUCUGGUGGAGAGGAGGGUUCUGGCGCUCCCCUCGCGUCCCCACUUCCUUACAUCGCUCUAUUGCGCCUUCCAGACCGAGGAUCGUCUAUAUUAUGUUAUGGAAUAUGUCAACGGUGGAGAUCUGAUGUUUCACAUUCAGCAAGUCGGGAAGUUCAAAGAGCCCCAUGCAGCGUUUUAUGCAGCAGAGAUCGCAGUUGGCCUCUUCUUCCUCCACAGCAAAGGCAUCAUCUACAGAGAUCUAAAGCUGGAUAAUGUGCUGCUUGACAGCGAGGGCCACAUAAAGAUCGCUGACUUCGGGAUGUGCAGGGAGGGCAUGUUCGGGGGCGACACCACUCGCACGUUCUGUGGCACUCCCGACUACAUCGCCCCUGAGAUUGUGGCAUAUCAGCCAUAUAAUAAAGCAGUAGACUGGUGGUCUUAUGGAGUACUAAUGUAUGAAAUGCUUGCAGGACAGCCGCCGUUUGAUGGCAUCGACGAAGAGGAGCUGUUUCAGUCCAUAAUGGAGCAGAGUGUCUCCUACCCCAAAAAUCUCUCUCGGGAAGCUGUGGCUAUCUGCAAAGGACUCCUGACGAAGCACCCUGCCAAGCGUCUGGGUGGAGGAGAGGAUGCCGAAAGGGAGAUCAAGGAGCAUCCGUUCUUCCGUUGGAUAGACUGGGACCGUCUGGAACGACUGGAGAUACCGCCACCGUUCAAACCCAGAACUGGCGGGAGAAAAGGCGAGAACUUCGACAAAUUCUUCACAGCGGCCCCAUCCGUUCUCACUCCAUCAGAUCCAGAUGUGCUUGCAGCCAUCAACCAGGAGGAUUUCCAGGGAUUCUCCUUCUUCAACCCAGACUUUGCUCCUUUACCUCUCACAGCUAUUUGAAAACUGUCCCCUCUAAUUCCCCCUGUUGUUUAUCAGAUAGUAGUUUUAUAGCUGAGAGCCAGAGUAUGAAAAUUAGCAGCAAAUAUUUCACCUCUUGUAACAAACUUCUGACGUUUACAUUAAAAUGCCAAGACAAGUCGAUAUUCCCUCACUCUCUAUGACAUGUGCAUGUCUUCUUACUGCAUGUGUAUUAACCAUGCCAGUGUUAUGACUUGCCACUUUAGACUUCCUUUUUUUUAUAAGAUCUGUCCUAACCUGCUGUAAGACUAUUGUAGUGUCAGACAGAUAAAUGAAUCUCUUUGCAUGCGGAUAGUUUUUAUAGAGGUAGAAAGAAGAUAAAAGUCCUCAGUUUUCUGAACAGGCAAUUUACCAGUAACAUAUUUAUUCGUACAGCUAUUCGGAAAAUAAUAUGCAAACGAAAUCUUCUUUUCAUUAUCUUCUUUUCAUAAAUUACAUUUCCUUUAAGGGUCUAUUUAGCUCAAAUGCAUUCCCAUCAUAGAUGGCCUCCACAGCACCUAACUGUGAAUUUUGAAAUCUAAAUCUAAACUGAUAGACUAGACAUCUAAAACUGACUCAGACUAUAAAGCUAUCUAAAUGGUUAGACAUGUUUCUCUUUCCCAAAUUGAUUACAUAAUCAUAAAAAGACUCACUGGGGCUUUUUAGCCUGCCUCAACCUCUCAGUUUAAUGUCAUGACCUCAGCUGAUUCAUGAAGGUGCAUAAAUGACGCAGUGUGACAGUAACUGUAGGCAACAAUGCUGCCCUCAAACUGCUGGACUUUGGGUUGCAUUAGUUUAAAUUAAACACUAUGUUUGCAUUAAAGCUGGUCCUUGCAAAAGCAUUAAUACUCCAUAAACUUUUUAUUUUCACAUUUUUAUAUGUUACAACCACAAACUUUAUUUGAUUUCAUUUGGAUUUAAGAGCGACCAACACCAGUGGUGUUAAGAACUGGGAAGAAAAUGAUGCACGGUUUUCAAAAAGGUUUGGUACGUAUUCACCUCUCUCCUGUUGACACUUUGCAGAACCUCAUUUUGAUGCGAUUACAUUACAUGUUUCUGCCAGCUUUACACAACUAGAAACAGAAAUUUUGAACAAUUCUUCUUUCCAAAUAACUCAAGCACAAUUGAUUGGAUGUGAAAACAAUUUUUGAAGGUUUUCCAUGAAUCUGGACUGUGACUGUACCAUUCCAACACAUGAAUGUGUGUUGAUCUAAACUAAUGUAGCUCUUGUUGUUUAGGAACAUUAUCACAUUCUUUUGUGACCUGUGACAGAUUCUCUAGAACUCUCCUGUAUUUAGCACCAUUAUUCUUCUUGUUAACUCUGGUCAGCUCCUUCAGACAAAAAGCAUGCCCACACAAUGAUGCGGCCACCACCAUGCUUCUCGCCCAUAUGGAGGUCAAAAAGUUCAAGUUUGGUGUUAUCUGACAACUUACAAUUUCUAUUUACAAAGAAAAUCUAAAAUCCCUUUUUCUUCCACUUUACAAUUUAUUUGAUUGUGUUGGUCAAUCAAAUAAAAUACAUUGAAGUUGUUGUGUGUAAUGGGACAAGUUGUGAAAAGGUUUAAGGGAUGUAUUUUUGUGCGGCACCUUGAUUAGAACCUUUGAUUGUUUUACUGCACAUUAAGAAAACUUUACCUUUUGCGUUGUCUUAUCCAAACAAGUUUGUUGGCUUGUUAAAGUACAGAAACUUGUGUUUUUAUCUGUGUACACUGGAAAGCUUUUUGCUGUGAAAUGACAUACAGCACACAGCAUCGAUUGGGAGUAAUUAGGAGGGAGGCUUAAUGGGAUUGUUCAAUACGUGGAAAAAAAAUAAUACAAGCAGUGCGUUUAUUUAAACCUGCCUGAUCGGAGCAGGUGGCUGCAACGUCUCCAAAAUAGUCCCACAAAUGAGUUUUAUUUCUUUAAUAGAACUUAUGGGUUCAUAACCACUUUCUGAGUGUUUCAAUACAGUAGAGACAAGAGAAAUACAUAAUAAUCAGCAGCCUAUUAUGGCUAGUUUAUGUAUUUGUCUGUUGCGUUAACUUCUUUUGUUUUCAUGUGCUGGAAAAAAUAACUUCAUAAAUAAACCAACUGAGAAAGUCACAGUGACGCGUCUCAUUCUGUUAUCGUGUGAAGUUGCGGAGAAAUGCCUCCCGCUUCGUGUUCUCCACACGCCUCCCUGUCACUCCCUCACUUUCACACAUACUCACACUCAAAACAGAACAAAACACAACAAAAAAGGGCAGUCUCCAGCGUGUUAACGCUCUCUGUCACACACGCAUGCUGGGAGAGAAGAUGCUGACCGCUCUGUUUGCUGUGGGACCGGAGUUGUCGAAGAAGCAACCCCCCACACACCUCCAUCUGCAUCUCACUUUCCCUCCCUUCUCCUCUGAGGCAGCCUCUCACUCUCUCCUCCUCCUCCCCCGCAGCUGCUCCGCCCACUCCCCCGUCUCUUCAGCCCCUCCAGCACCAAGCAGAGACUAAUAUCCCUGUAGAGAUCCCAAGUUAUAACAAGUUGACCUUCACAUUAAAAUCUCAUCAACUUCCCAUCUCCCUCCGUACUUCCCCCUCUUUUUCACUGCACGUCCUUCAUGGCUCUUUUGUACUUUUCUGACGGUUUGGCACAUCUACUCCUUUGCUGCAUAUUUUAAAAUUAUGCUCUGUUUGCUAUACAUUCAGAAUUUAUUGGCGUAAGCAGAUUUUUUACACACCCUGUUGUUGACUGUAAGGUUUUUCCUAUCUUAAAAUCAAUAAUUUUCUUUAAAAUAUUCUGCUGUCAGAUCUCUAUUAUUUUGAAGACAUAAGCAUCUGGAACAAUUUUAUUUGUUUUCUAUGCCAUUUUGAAAAAAUAUGUUUUUAUAAGUAAUUUGAACAUGGCUUUUUAGCUUAUAAAUGCUUAGGUUUUGUGAAAACAUUUAUUCUCAAAUGUUGCUUAAAAUAUCAUGCAAAAAGUAUAUGUUCCAUUUGAAUCUAUUUGUGUUUUUGUCACAUAACAACCACAAACAAAGACAGUUUACAUUUGCAAAGUGGAAGAAAAGUAAUACAUAACAUUUUGUUUUUCUAAAACUCUGAAACGUUAAUGUAAAUUUAUAGUCAGUCAUUUACUCCUACUGUGGCUGUAAGUCUUUCAGGCAUGUCUGCACCCACUUUUACAUCUACACACAGACAAAUAUUUUUCCUAUUCUUCUUUGAAAAUGGCUGAGGCUAAGUUAGAAUAGACAGAGAGCACCAGUGAACACUUUCAAGUCAUGUCACAUACUCCUAAUUGGAUUAGGACCAAAGGAAAACUAACAGAUAAAUAUGCUUUGAUCGAAGCCAAAACACUGCAGUGCUCUACUGGCAUUAAAUUGCACACAGGUAAAGUCUGUUUAACAGGUGACUUCUGAAGGGGUUUGAUUAUUUUGGGCCAUCAGAUAAAAGUGGGCUAAAUGCAAAUGUGAGCCUAUUAUUUGUAAAAUAUUUUUGUAAUCAAAUGCAAUGUUCUUUUCAUUUCACAAUUAUUGACUACUUUAUGAUGUUUCAUGACAUAAAAUCCCCCCCAAAGUGUAAGGUUGUGAUGAUAAAAGGUUUGAAAAAGCCCAAUAAGAAUUCAUGUUUUUGUCCGUCAGGUAAUGUCCCUCUAGUCUUGUCGCUGUUUAUUUGAUCUGGAAGCAGAAAUUUAACAACUACAUAAAUUUUUAGAUGAAAACUUGUCUGUUGUUGGCGCUUAACUAUCUCCAUGAAACCAAACCCUGACCUCUUACCAGAGGGACACGCAUUCAUGCCCCAUCACUGUCAGUCGCAGUGAAAUUAUAUUGUCCCUCUUCUUCAGCACUGCCUCCUCCUUCCUUUGUUUCUAUCUGUCCUUAAUCUCUCCUCCUCUCUUCCUUUCUUACUCUCCAAGUCUCUCUCUAUCAUGCCCUCAGGUCAGAGUGUGCUGUAGACUAUUGAUAUCGUUGCUAAAUAUAUAGGAUUUCUCCACCAGUCGGGUUAUAAAUAGAAUAAAGGGACACGGCUCACAGGGGACGAAGAAGGAGGAGGGGGGCAGAAAGAGUGAAGGAUGUUGGUCCUAUAGAGUCACAUAUUCAUCUGCAUCCACAGUCUGCAGCUGAAUAAAAGGGACUCAUAACUGGAAAUAAAAAUGAAUAUUCAUACCAUGACCUUUGUUUGCUGCUUGUAUUUGUUGAUUAAACCUUUGACGUUGUUUGACUCACA